UCGAUGUUUGAAAGUCACAUAUUCAUAUGCUAAUCGAUAGGUGCUCCCUUUCAAUAGACGAAACAAUUGAAUUCCCAGCUUAAAGAUGUCAAAGUCAAUUUCAACCAAAAGCCCUCUGAUCUCAGCCAUUAUAUCAGGCAUACUCAGCUUGGUAAUUUUUGCAACGUUGCGUUUCUACGCCCACUGGUUUAACACUUCCCAAAUUAACACUCUGUUUGGUGGCUACUUGUUCUCUUGGAUGUUUAUUUUGAGUCUCACUUGCGUGUCGAAUGCCGAGACACUGGUAUUUGGGGCCGAUUUUCAGGCCAAGCUUGUACCCGAAAUACUAUUGUGCUUAACAAUGACGGCAAGCGCUGCUGGCGUCGUUCAUCGCGUUUGUGCCACAACCAGUAUUUUCUUCUCCCUCGUGGGCUUAUAUUUCAUCAAUCGAAUCUCUUCCAAGUAUUACAACAGUCCCGUGGUUGUCGAAGAUUUACCUUUGCGAAAAAGCGGCAAAAAGAAUAAAUAAAUUUUAAAUAAAACG